AUGCGCCCGCCGGGCCCGCACACUGCGCGCGCGCGCGCGACGUUCUGGGGGCCUGUGGGGCCCGCGAGGCGCGAGGCUGAGCGGGAGCCGCGGGCCGGGCGGUCCGCCGCGGCUGCCGGCGCGCAUGCGCGGGAGGUCUCGGUUGGCUUUCUCUCCCGUUUCCCCUUCCUUCCCUUUGCCCUCUUUACCUUCCACACCCGCGGCCCCGCUCUGCUGGCGCGCAGCUGGAGGCUGAGAGUACCCACCCCCGGGAUGUCAGAGCCUCCUGCUCACCGCCACCUUCCCAGCGUGAGGCCGUCUGAAAGGCUGCCCUCCUACCUGAGAAUUUGCAUUUCCUGUGGCCUGGGACACGGCCUCCUAGCUGAGUGGGCUCCUAUUCAUGCUUCAAUACCCAGCCCCUCUGUCACUUCCUCUCUGAGAUGCACCCUACUCUGCUUUGGGAGUCAGUAG